AUGCAACUUAUAAAGGCGCCCGUCUAUACAAUUGCUAUGGGCAUGGCAGCAUCAAUGGGUUCCUUCUUGUUAGCUGCUGGUGCCCCAGGCCAUAGGAAAGCGCUGCCAAAUUCAAGGAUUAUGGUACACCAGCCCUCAGGCGGUGCAACAGGACCAGCGGCAGACAUUGAGAUCGCCGCCAAGGAAAUCCUGCGUCUGAGAACGCUUCUCAAUGAGAUAUACGCUCGACACACGGGGCAAUCUCUUUCCACUAUUGAGAGAGCACUCGAUCGCGAUCGGUAUAUGACCCCGGAAGAGGCUGCCGGAUUCGGUCUCAUCGAUGGAGUGCUUAAUGCAACACCCUCGAGACAAAUAUUAUAA